UGACGUCAUGCUGAUGCAGAUCUGCCCGGCUGGAUGCGAGCAGAGGAGAGGGAUGCCGAAAAAAAGAAACUCCUCAGCACUAAUUUUUUCACAUCCUUCCCCUGCAGAAGAGGAUGGAGACAGACCUCACGACACCUCUGCGUCCAAGAGAGCGGAUUAAUACGCAUUCUCACCAGCGGGUGAACGCGCCGAUGCUGUCCGCGCGCCAGAAGCUUUGCUAAAACGCGACGCAUUUCUAUGUCUGUCUGUCUUUCUUUAAAAAAAAAAAAGAAAAAAGGAAGCGACCAUAUUGAGGUCAGAAGAAAGCGUUGCCAAGGCGACCGGCUUGCUAGGGGAGGACACUGCGGCGCGCGUCACGUCGGGGGCGAGCGUGCGGGCUUGUGAGCGCGCGCGUGCCACAGCGAGCUGAAGCGGUCGCGGGCACAGACACAGCGACAAACGGGCAGAAGCGGCACCGCCGUCCGACAACACCGUACCGGGGAACCGCACCGUGGCUCCAGGCGCUGCUCGGAGUCUUUUCUGAGGGGAUUUAACGAGGAUUUUUUUGUCCCAGGGUGAAAAAUAAAGCCGUUUCGACCGCAGGAAGAGCUGCAACCGCUGCUCAGCACAGGUGACACUCCGCGGCUGCCACAUCCGCCGAGUCCCUGCAGACACGUCCCGGUUGUUUGGGGGUUAUUUUGUCGUUGAAGGGCCUCGAUAAACACUGACUUUCCUCCUGAGGCGGAUGAAUGCAUGUUGUGCUGUGCUCGGAUGGAGAAUCACACAACAUCCCUGUGUAUGUGCUGUGUAAUGCAGUAGAGCGGCUUUAUUUGUUGGUCUGCACUCAUCGUCUCCUAUCAUGAAGACCCACCUGCUGGCCCCGCUGGACUGAACGAGGUAUUAUUAGUGCUGCCGGAAGUGGCUUCCUUUUUUUUCUUCUUUAUUUUUUUUUACCAAAAAAAAAAGAAAGAAAUGUUAUAAUUGAUUUAUUUUUAACCCCUUUUUUUGUGGGGCUCUAUUUUCCAUCCUUUUUGUCUUUAUUGGCACAGUUUUUGCUCGAGUGAAGGAAGGGAUAGUGAAGAGGACAAGGAGAAGAAGGAAGAAAUCUCAGGAGAGCAAAGACACACACACAAGGAAGGGGAGUCUUCAGUGGCAGUCACACAUUAACAGGACUCUGUUGACUGUUCAGAACAUCAGUCUCAUGAUCAGGAUGAUAGAAGACCAAUAGGGAUGGAACGCAACAGAGCCAUGGCUGGGGAAGCAUUUCGAAUCGCCAUUGCUCAGAAUCAGCACUGACGUGACGCGCAGACCAAGUUUUCAACCAGCAACUCUUCUGUUCCUCAUCUCACCUCCACUCAGUGCUUGUGGUUAACGCUCCUGUCUGCUAAUCCCUCUCUUAUGCUUUAUCUUCCGAUUUGUCGGUUCGUAAUCCCGCCGUCUUUCACAGAAAACACAGAGCGACUCCACAGCAGACGAGAAGCAAGAGGCCCGACAGUAUGAAUACAGUCAUGUACUCCCUUCCGCUUCCUUUAUGCAGACAGAGUCGGCGGGGUUUGUCGCCCAGGACACGCCCCCUCUUUCUUUUGACAGACUGGUGCCUGAUGGGCGCGCUCAGCCUCACUCUGCUGCUCAGCCUGGCCUCCAGCCAGAAGAUGGACCCGUCCAAACACCCCAUAGUCACCACCAACUACGGCAAGCUCCGAGGUAUCAAGAAAGACUUGAACAAUGAGAUCCUAGGCCCCGUGGAGCAGUACCUGGGCGUUCCCUACGCCACGGCACCCAUCGGCGACCGCCGCUUUCAGCCGCCCGAAGCCCCGGGAUCCUGGCAGGAGAUCCGCAACGCCACGCAGUUCGCCCCCGUGUGCCCGCAGAACAUCCACGGAGUGCUGCCAGAGAUAAUGCUGCCCGUGUGGUUCACGGACAACCUGGACGUGGCAGCGGGCUACAUCCACAACCAGAGCGAGGACUGCCUCUACCUCAAUGUCUACGUGCCCACAGAGGACGAUAUCCGUGACCGCAGGAAGAAGCCUGUCAUGCUGUUUAUCCAUGGAGGCUCCUACAUGGAAGGCACCGGGAACAUGUUUGAUGCCAGCGUCCUUGCUGCAUACGGCAACGUGAUCGUGGUGACCAUGAACUACCGGCUCGGUGUGCUCGGUUUCCUCAGCACUGGCGAUCAGUCUGCAAAGGGAAACUACGGCCUGCUGGACCAGAUCCAGGCUCUGCGCUGGCUCAAUGAGAACAUCGGUCACUUUGGUGGAGACCCAGAGAGGAUCACCAUCUUUGGCUCCGGAGCUGGCGCGUCCUGCGUCAACCUCCUCAUCCUCUCGCACCAUUCUGAGGGUCUGUUUCACAGGGCCAUAGCCCAGAGUGGAACAGCCAUCUCCAGCUGGUCCGUCAACUACCAGCCACUCAAGUACACCAAGAUCCUCGCCCGGAAAGUGGGCUGCACCUACGCGGAGACAGCGGACCUCGUCGACUGCCUGAGACGCAAGAACUUCAGGGAGCUGGUGGACCAGGACAUCCAACCAGCGCGCUACCACAUUGCCUUUGGCCCGGUAGUUGAUGGCGAUGUGGUGCCCGAUGAUCCUGAGAUCCUCAUGCAGCAGGGGGAGUUCCUCAACUACGACAUCCUGAUAGGAGUGAACCAAGGAGAGGGCCUGAAGUUUGUCGAUGACAGUGAGGACAACGAUGGCAUCUCAGCUGCGGCGUUCGACUACACCAUCUCUAACUUUGUAGAUAAUCUCUAUGGAUACCCUGAAGGCAAAGACAUCCUGAGGGAGACCAUCAAGUUCAUGUACACCGACUGGGCAGACAGAGACAAUGGCGACAUGCGGAGGAAGACGCUCUUAGCUCUGUUUACAGACCACCAGUGGGUGGCGCCAGCAGUGGCCACUGCCAAGCUCCACGCUGAGUUUCAGUCACCAGUGUUCUUUUACACAUUCUACCAUCACUGCCAGACGGAGACGCGACCCGAAUGGGCCGACGCCGCCCAUGGAGAUGAGAUACCGUACGUGUUUGGUGUGCCGAUGAUCGGUGCCACAGAUCUGUUCCCCUGCAACUUCUCCAAGAAUGAUGUGAUGUUGAGUGCCGUGGUGAUGACCUAUUGGACCAACUUUGCCAAGACUGGGGAUCCUAACCUGCCAGUCCCCCAGGACACCAAGUUCAUUCACACCAAGCCCAACCGCUUUGAAGAGGUCAUCUGGACCAAGUUUAACUCAAAGGACAAGCAGUACCUCCACAUUGGCUUAAAACCGCGUGUAAGAGAUAACUACAGGGCCAACAAGGUGGCCUUCUGGCUGGAAUUAGUUCCUCACCUCCACAGCCUCCAUGAGGUGUUCUUCCCAACCACUACCCGCUCUCCGUCGGUUCCUCGCACAGGCACCUAUGGAACCUGGCCCAGACCCCAGGGCCCUCGCACCACUCGUCACCCUUACCCCACGUUCCCGUCUGAGCCAGAACCUGAGGGUUCGGAGCGUCCGCCGCAAGUUCUUUUCCCCGGAGACACACGAGACUAUUCCACAGAGCUAAGUGUGACGGUCGCCGUGGGGGCGUCACUUCUCUUCCUCAACAUUCUGGCCUUCGCCGCACUUUACUACAAGCGCGACAAGCGGCACGAGAUGCGACGCCACCGCCUGUCUCCUCAGCGGGGCGGCCCGGCCAACGACCUGGCUCACAGUCAGGAGGAGGAGAUCAUGUCGCUGCAGAUGAAGCACUCGGAGCACGACGCUCACCACGACAUGGAGCCUCUCAGGCCCCAUGACAUCCUUCGACCCGCCUGCCCACCCGACUACACACUGGCGCUGCGCCGCGCCCCUGACGACGUGCCGCUGAUGACGCCUAACACCAUCACCAUGAUUCCCAGUACCAUCACCAGCAUGCAGCCUCUCCAUGCUUUCAACACCUUCCCCUCCACUGGCCACAACAACACCUUGCCCCACCCCCACUCCACAACCAGGGUAUAGUAGGGACUGCGCUGACACAGCACCACCCAAGGACCAGCAAGUCUGGCUGUGCCACUGAUCUAGAAGGAAGGCCUCUGGGUGUGGGCCUUUGUUCUGAUCUCUGAUUUCUCUUGUCUCUCUCAGGCUGUCAAACUCAGCAGCGACCUCCACUGGUGGCAUGUGGAGAAGCAACUGAACUGCAAGGCAGCAAAUGAUGACUUUGGGGUGGUACAGAUCUCAUAGAGAUACUGCUUUCAAAGAAAGUCUUCUGUUUCCAGACUAAAGCCCUCUGACAUUUGUCAAAAGGGCCGUACGCUUUUACUUUUGUGUCAUCAUUACUUUUUACUCUCACUUGUGUAUUAUGGUUCUUUUUUUUCUCCCACAUCUGUGUCUUAUCCCUGCUUUGAUCCCCUCAUUCAACAUGUGAUUCUAUUUCUCCCCAGUGCUCCUUUGCUCUAGACUACUGAGCUAUAGAAGGAGACAUAGAGUACACACACUAAAUAUACAUAAAGCUAUGAAAACACUGAUAUCUGAUACUUUCAUUCUACCAGCAUUUUUGGUGCCAAGUAUGUACAAAUGUGUUUGUUUUCUCUUUGAGGGAGUGGAGAAAAACUAAAGGAAAUUCUAGACUAUUCCUAUUUACUGUCAACUAACAGAUUCUGUGUGUUCUCAUGACAAAGUGCCAAACUGGCCCUUGAUUGUGUUUUUAUUUUCAUGUUCUCUUUCCUCUUUUUUUGGAGUCAUUUGUUGUUCAAUUGUUGUUUUUUGUGGAACGAUUUUCUUGCUGAAAAUAUAGAUAUAGAGAAAUGAUAUUAUAUAUAGUUAUAUAUAAAUAUGUACAAAGCAGAAAGCAUAUAAAUGGGUUUUCUCAGUGGGGGAUCUAUGCAUGAAUUAUUUUUAAAGAUGAUGAUGGGGGAUCGAACUCUGUAUCUGUCAAUGCACGUUUCCCAAAUCUUCUCAUAUCAUAUCAGUCCACAUUGGAUUUUGGUCUGUUAAACCUCAAAGAAUAAGAACAAAGCAGAAAAGUCCACCUCUUCACCUCCCAACACUCAUUUUUUAAAAAAGAGCCUUUGCCACAAAUCUCACUGGAUCAAAUCAGGAGCAUAGUCAUCCGUAGCAUCUCCAAGCAAAUGCAACAAAGCUACAGCAAUGUCAUCAUCUCGCUGUAGCGGCUUCUUCUUUUCCAUUCGCUCCUUUUUUGCAGUGCUUGUUGUACUCAAUCGGUCGCAGGCUGGUGGUGUGUAUGGGAUUAUUUUUGUAUUUCAAUGAGGACGAGAGACAAAGCAGAGCCUCUGUUCUUUUACUUACACCUACCGUCUCCCGUCUGCGCCACUAUUUCCAGCACAUGCAUAUUCUGUUUGUGUGUGCGUGUGUGUGUGUGUGUGUGUGUGUUUGUGUUAGACCAGCUUCACAUUGGCAUAUGCAUGCCCUAAUUAGACAGCAAGGAGAUAGAAAGAUGGAGAAAGGCAGACAGGCUGGAUAAUCCCCAUGGGAGUUGGAACUCCUUCCUGCUGCCGACCAAAACGCCUCCCUUUUUUGCCAACUUCACCCCACUUCUCUUCUUCAAGCUUUGCAUUCACGAGUCACACCCACAUUGCAGUGAUGGCCCAUACACACCCCACUGUGACCACCUGACUUCACUGUGUCUGCUCCGUUCUACACAAUUUCUGACCUCAGUUGAGCUCUGCUUGUUAUCCUCACUUUCAAGGGUUACUUCACAAGGUUAGGGAGUGUUUUUUUUGUUGUGAGCUCAUCAGUUGUAAUUGAAACUCUUAAGCACACUGAGGGGAACUGGUGGUCCUUCACAGACUGCAGCACAGAGCUGCGAGACGAAAGGGGGCUCGGAUCUCCUUAACAGGGUUAAAGCAACACAUUGGUUCUGGUUGCUGUUUCCUCUCCUUUUUUUCUUUUUUUCGGAGAGGUGAGGAUGUGCAGGCUUACGGGAUUUCACAAAUUGCAUCAUGGGAUAUACUCUGGUAAAUACAGUAUGGUAACUGAACUGAUGAGCUAUUAUUUGAGCCCACAGGAACCCAUGGAAGCCUACAUCCAGUAUGGGGGAAGUUAGUCACCGGUGCUGUCUUUGCUUGUGCUCUAGCUUUAGUGUGUUUGUUUGUUUACUGUUAUGUUACUGCCUAA